AUGUUCUUAGAAAAUCAAGAGUUAAACCUUGACGAAGAAGAUUUUUCACUUUUGAAAAACCAAAAGAUAUCAGGUCCGAACUUUCUUUUACUGAAGAAAGAAGAUCUAAUUCGUUGUCAAUUAAAGGUGGGCCCUCUCACAACAAUCUUAAAUUUAAUCAUAGAAAUUAAUAGUGGCGAGUUUUCACAGGAAAGAUUAAUUCCUUGUAUCCAAGAUAUACAGAAAUCGAAGUGGCCGUAUUCUAGGUAUUUUUACACCUUUUCUUUCGAAGAAUGGUCGUUAAGUCAUUUUGAAGAUUGGGUCUUGCAAAAUUAUAAAGUGCCAAAAAGAGAAGUCUAUAAUCGAUGCUUCUUUAAAGUAAUACGAAGAAUAAAAGAAGAUCCCAGAACUCUAGAAGAGAUCAGAGAAAUCAUAUCAGUUUUAGAUAAAAAGUACUCGCUUAAAAAUGAAACGAAGUUGUUUUAUUGGAUAGGAUGGGGCAUACUUAUGUCAGGCUACCCUUUUCUGGGUAUAAUUUAUCCCAGCGAAGGUGAGCUACGUCCUCAAAAGUUAGCCGAUCCAGUGCAUAUUUGCUGGCCACGUCCCGGCACCGACGAUCCCAUUGACAAACAUUACGCGUAUAAAGAAUUUAGAGAUUAUAACGAGCCUGGAUUUCAGACUGCAAUAGAAUUGCUACUUCCAACCAAUCACCGUCGAUCUGAAUCGAGCGUAAUAUUGGAAUUAAAAUGUAUUUCCUUGGUGGGUCUUCUGAGCGGGGUAAAAAAAAGAUGGGUUGAAAACGCGGAAUAUAAAUCAUUAAAAGAGUUAGAUGAGGAACUUGAAAAGGAAACUGAAGAUGAGUUAUUAGGUAGGAAAUAUUUUUAUUGGUGUAAAGAGGGGAAAAAAUUUAAACAAAUUGUGGUGGAAGAAUUAAUUAAUAAUGGAAUGGAACAACUUGGUAGGUAUUUAAAGACGAUGCAGAAAGGGAAAGUUAGUAAUAACGGAUCAGGGAUUUGUGAUGAUAAAAUUAAAAUAGUGAAGGGAAAAGGAUAUUUGGGAGGAGUUCUUGUAGUUUCAAUUGGUUCUCAACGUGUUUUAACUAGA